CAACAGGAAUACGACGACCGCGUGCCGCUUUACCAGCAGCAGCUGGUGAUGCAGCAGCAGCAUUUUGGGGUUGUACCUCAGGGACAUCUUGUAGCCGGAGCGCAGAAAAAGCAAUUGGUGAGAGCAGGUGGAGAGCACGGAAGACACCAGUAUCCGAGAGCGGUUCGGAAUCCCAACGUCCUAGACCGAAGACGGCAGCGCAACUCUGCACACGGUGGAGACGCGUUGUCGUCUG